GUUCCCUAACCAGCCCUGCAUCGGUCAAGCCAGUAAAAAUGGCACUUGUUACACAGCUGAUGAAUGCUCGGCCAAAAGUGGAACCAAUUCUGGAUCUUGUGCUCAAGGAUAUGGCGUUUGUUGCACUUUUAGUGCAACUUGUGGCCAAACGUCCAAUGAAAACUGCACCUAUUUUGAAUCGGCCGGAAGCGAAAUUGGAGGGUGCAGUUUGACCAUUUGUCCUUGCGGGGAUAACAUUUGUCAACUUCGUCUGGAUUUCAACCAAUUCAUGAUCACGGGUCCAUCCACGUCGAGCGACGUCGUGUCUAAACAGAAAUUAGGAGUAGUUGGAGCUCCGGGAGCGACCAAAGCGAUCUCAUUGGCUUCCCGUUGCCUGACGGAUACGUUCUCAGUUACCUCAACCACCGGACAAGCCCCACCCUCAAUAUGCGGAAUCAACACAGGCGAACACAUGUAUGUGGACUCGACUUCGGCGUGCAAUGAUUUGGUGUUCCAAUUGGGAAAUACAGGUCAAGGAACUGGCAUCGGGCAACGACAGUGGAACAUCAAGGUGACACAAUAUUCUUGCGAUUAUCCCAAUCUGGCCCCCGAUGGAUGCACUCAAUACUAUUUUGGAUCGUCCGCGGACACUGUCCAGACGUACAAUUACGUGGGUGGCCAACAUUUGGCUAGCCAAGAUCAAAACAUUUGUAUCAGACGGGAGCGAGGCAACUGCCGCAUUUGUUACACAACCGUGAUGGAGUCCGAUUUCAUGACCUCUGGGGAAACAGUGGAAAUGGCUUUUGCUAAGCCUAGUGAAUGUUGUGGCUAUGGCUCGACGGGUGGAAAAAGCCGUUUUGAUUGUGUAGUCAUUCCUGGUGCUUUGAACCCUGCCAUGAUGUCCGAGCAAGGCUUGUUCAGCCAGUUCUGUGGACGCUCGGCGGGACUUCAAAACACAAUGUCGACCCAAGCAGUUGAAAUGUCCAAAACAAUUUGCACUGACCGGCAACCUUUCAACAUUCGGUUUUUAUCCGACUCUUUUGAAGCCGAAACAGAGAUCAUGUUGGGCGUCAUGGCCGGUUUCAAGUUGACCUACUUUCAAACUUCCAAUGGUUGCAAUUAAGUAGAAUGAUGACACAAAUGAUGGAUGAUGUGACAACCCAAUGAUUUCACCAAUUGCUCAUUUAUUCUCUACCUGUUGGGCUCUAUGAGCCCCUUACCUUCAGGAGGCAAUGAACAACAUGUAUUAGUCUCUCUUGCAAGAAAUUUGUAUCCACUGACAAAAACCAUGAAAAUAAA